CCGGUAAAGAGCUGCCAGAGCAGGCAGGAAAUAAUCCACUGAAGACAAAAGAUGCAGCUGCUUGUGACAGAAACAAAAUUGGUCUGAGCGGUAGAAGUUUCAUUUUUGGCAUUUUUUUUUAACAACACAACCAAGUGACUUAGAAAUUAGGAUUUCACACAGAAAAGCUUUACUUUUUUUUUUUUUUUAGAUUACUUAUCAUAUAUUCUGCAGCCCUACACAGUAUAGACGCUUUAAAAAUAAUGAUGACGAGAUAGAAGAUCCGACUUUGUUACACCAGAAAACGGCCUUUCCUCCGUGACUGCUCAGCUCUGCCGGUGACCUGGUCCAGCCAUGAAGAUGCCCAGUGUCCAACGCUGUUUGGGUCCGAACGUUUACCCAGAGGUGCCUGAUGGUCGCUGGGGCUGGGCUGUGGCUUUCGCCUUUUUUCUAGUGGAGGUCUGCACCUAUGGGGUCAUCAAGAGCCUGGGUGUCUUCCUCCAGGAUCUGAUGGAAGAGUUUGGGGAGAGCAACAGCCGUGUGUCAUGGGUCAUUUCCAUCUGUGUCUUCAUUUUUGCCUUCACUGCCCCCCUGUCAACGAUGCUGAGCAACCACUUUGGCUAUCGACCCGUGGUCAUGAUGGGUGGCCUCCUCAUUAGCAUAGGAACCAUCACCUCUGCCUUCACCAGCUCCAUCACUGAGAUGUACAUCACCACUGGCAUCAUCUCAGGCCUUGGCUACUGCUUCAGCUUCCUCCCCACUCUCACCAUCCUAGCCCAGUACUUUUCUAGACGGCGAGCCCUCGUCACCUCGAUUGCUUCUUCAGGAGAAUCUGUUGCUGUAUUUGUAUUUGCUCCAGCCUUCACUAUGCUCAAGGAACAUAUUGGCUGGCGCUACUGUCUAGUCAUUCUAGGCAUAAUUCAGGCAUCUGUGAUUGGCUGUGGUGUUCUUCUUCGUCCAAUCAUCAUCGAACCCUUAAAGAAGGAUGGUGAAGAGACUCUCUCUAUGAAGGAGAUGCAGGCUGUUUACGAGCUGGAAAAUGAGCAAACCAGGACCUCUAUCAGCUCGGGUAUCUCCCAAGGUUCAGAGGACUCUGGUGUCACCUCCCUGUCUGCCUCAAAUGUAGACCUGAGAACUGCAGGAGGAGAAACCAAAGCUCUGAUGGAGUGGGAGGACAAAGUGGCAGACAAAGAGAGCCAGAAGAUUACACUCUCCAUGCCUUCCACUUCAGUCAGUGAGGACGAGGGGGAACUAGUAGAGCUAGAGGGGGCGCCUCUACAGUCCUCCAGCUCCAAACUUCUGGACUUUUCUGUGCUUAAAGACCCUGUCUUCAUCUUAUAUUCCCUCUUUGGUCUAUUCGCCUCUCUGGGCUUCUUUGCUCCACAGCUCUACAUCAUCGAACUCAGCAAGAGCAGGGGUGUGGAACCCAACAUGGCCUCCUAUAUGCUGUCUGUGAUGGCUGUGGCUGAUGUCCUCGGCCGCGUGUCCAUCGGAAUGGUGUUAAACAAAGUUAGAUUCAGGAAGACCCUGGUGCUGCUGGGGUGUGUAGUUCUGAUGUGCUUGGUUCUGGUGGCCUUCACUAUCGUGUGGGAGUUCUGGGGUUUGGUGAUCUGCUCUGGCCUCUUUGGCUUCUUCAUGGGCACCGUGGGCUCCACGCAUAUCCCCAUGCUGGCUGAAGAGGAUGUGGUGGGCAUCCAGAAGAUGCCAUCAUCUGUGGGAGUGUAUGUUUUCAUUCAGAGCUUUGCUGGACUGGCUGGACCACCACUAGGAGGUGUGUUGGUGGAUGUCACUGACAACUACGGUGCUGCUUUCUACUCCUGUGCAGCAGGCAUGGGACUUAGUGCCAUCUGCCUGGCUCUGGUUGGCCCUGCCAAGUCUGGUGUAUGCCAGAGAGUGAGCAGAGACCAAGAGAAAGGCGAGAACAUAGAGGGAGAGGAGAAAAUGUCUCAGAAUAGUGACCAGUCUGACUUUUUGGAGGUGGACUUGGCCCCAGAAGACAGUCCAGCUGGACAGGCUGAAGAUCAGGAUAACUCCUCUGUUAUUUGAGCCAAAACACAACAUGACAUCACUUUGUAACAAUGGACAAGAGCAGAAUACAGAAUAGAAGUGCAGAUGCACUACAAAAGGCUUCAUUGCCCCCAACACCAGCUAGUGCUGGCUCCAAAUCUCAGGUGUCACAUUUUCACUUUCCAGCAAGCUUGAAAUUCACUUCUUACUAUGAAGAAAAUGACCAAUGACACAUCCAUGCUGAGCACAUGGUGUCACACAUGCUAGCUGCCAACUGUACAGUUCAGGUUCUGUCAGUUUAGGGCAAAACCUUGCUUUUGCAAUAUGUAUUAUAGGGAACCGCAGUCAUGAUGUCAUUUUGGGUCUAGCCUCUGUUCUCUGAGCUUUAGCAACUCAGUUCAGUCAUUCAGUAACACUUCAUUAAAAAUAUAAAUCCUGUUCAUGUAACUGUUCGUAUUCUAAGAUAAAUCUGCACCUACUCUUAACUGAAAACCGUUUUUACUUUGUGAACACAGUAAAAACUGCAGGGCCCAUUAGAUAAAACCACCCUGGGUACAUCUUUAUUUCAUUGCUUUUGUCGGUGUUCACAAAACUCACUAGCAUUUAAUGAAUCAUCUUAAAACAUUCUUUCCAAAGCUCAUGACAGUUUGUUGCAAAAUACUGUUAAGAAGUUGUUCCAAAACAUGCUUAAAAAUGAGUGGACCUGGACUGGAGGUUCAGGUCCGUACGUCGGCUCUGUAUUAGUUUGUGUUACCUUUGGCUGGAUGUACCUCUGUCUCAGGAAAGAAGCAGGGUUUUCACGUUCCCCGUGUUCUCCUUUUAGAUUCCUCACACCAACUGUGUGUCUGUUUUGUGGCUCAGUCAUUCCUGCUGAACACGGUUAUGGACCCAUUCUUGACACGCACAUAAUGGGGUCACUUCAGAAAAGUGUGGAAAAUGAAGCUCACUCCUCAUGCCUUUAAAAUGUAAUUGAAUAGUUGACACUGUAUGUAUCUGAUAUAUCAAGAACAAUUUUCACUACUAAAGCUGGACCAAAAAAUGCAGUCUAAACAUCAUGCCUGGCUCCUCUCUGAUGGUUUUACGCACAUUCGUCUAACUGAUUUUGAUUUACUGAUUUGUAACAUAACGUUACCAACAGCAAUACUGCAAGUACUGCAGCAGUGUUCGCUGAUGUGUAUGAUGAAUUAAGAAACUCCAGCUGGUCUGUGUGUAUGGAGCCUUGAAUGCUGUAAAGCUGGAGGUUGUGGGAUUUACCUUGAAAAUCAGCACAUUUCACAGUCUUAAUUCUGUUCUAGUUUGGCUAAAACCAUUGUCAUUACAUUGAUUAUGAUUUUAUGAUCCUGUUCUUGUACUGUACAAUUAUCCUGUAUGUGUAAGGACAAACAAACUGAAAAGCAAUGAUAAUACAGUAGAAGUGAGGGUUUACAGUGAUUUGUCUUUUUUUUUGUUGUUGUUUUUUUUGGCCAAUGCAGCACUGAUGAAAUACAAAGAUGCACAGUGUAGAACUAUAGAUGGCCUCAUAUAUAUGUAUGCAAAGGUGGGAAAGAUUUGAUAGAAGAGAGACCUCCCUGGAAGCACUUCCUCCCAGAGUCCCUUCUGCAGCCUCAGAUUGUCUCCACACCCACCACAGCCUGACUUGAAUUCUUUAAUCACUGUAUUAUCUUUAUUUAAAGUGUUUAUGAUGUUCAUUAAAUCUGUGUUUUGUUUUUUAUCUUUCUUUUAUUUUCAUUUUUUAAAAUCUGAGUACAAGGCAGGUUCCUGCCCAUAAAGUGCUGUACUGCUUUCAUUAUGUAUUUUAAAAAUAAAACCUUAAACCCUUAAA